GUGGCAACCCUUGGUUAGCAAGUUAGUGAAAUCCAACCUUAAUUGCACUAAAAUCGUUCAUUUUCUUGCUGCAGAGAUUGUAAAUAGUUAUUCCGUGCAGAUGUGAAAAUAAUGUGCAAAUUCAGUAAAUAACAAUAAUACCAAAAAUCUAAUUAUCAUUAAUAUAUGUAUUGCUGUAAACAAUAUACGUGCAAAGCAGGAAAAUCGAACAACUUUCUUUUUCCGCAGUGUGUGUGUAUGUGUCUGUAUAUCGCUGACAUGCAAAUGCGAAAAAGCGCAGCGUAAAAAACAAAAGUGCGCAACAAAGAUAUUUAAUUAAACUUGAAAAUUCGGAUUAAUUGAUUCAAUUUGCGGCUAGCUUGUCACGCCCACCAUUGCCAAACACCUACGCAGCUCGGUCGCAAUUUUACACACAUCUCUGCCGUCGUCGUUGCCGUUGACGUCGACGCCGCAGUCGCAGUCGCAGUCGCUGCUGCAGCUGUAGUAAACAACAACAAGUAAAAAUCGAAAAAUGAAGAAAAUCCUGUCGAAAUUCGACAGGAAUGAGAAAUUGGAAAACUCGCACAACAGCUCCUCAUCGAAGGAGACCAACAGUUUUGUUGGCAAGGUUUUCACAGUGGGACGCGUCACGGUCACCGUCGAGGAUGUCUUGGCCGAAGGCGGCUUUGCCAUGGUUUUUUUGGCACGUGGCAACGGAGGCGGCAGUGCAUCAUCAACAAAGUACGCACUUAAGCGCAUGUACGUAAAUAAUGAGCACGACUUGAAUGUGGCUAAGCGUGAAAUACAAAUUGCCAGCAAUUUGAGUGGUCAUAAGAAUAUUAUUGGCUACGUGGAUUCCAGCAUUACGCCCACCGGGAACGGAGUGUGCGAGGUGCUGCUGCUGAUGCCAUUCUGCAAGCAUCACAUGCUGGCCAUGAUGAAUGCUAGAUUACACGUUGGUUUUACCGAACCGGAAGUGCUAACCAUUUUCUGUGAUAUUGCUGAGGCGGUGUCGCGUUUGCAUUACUGCCAAACGCCCAUCAUUCAUCGGGAUUUAAAGGUCGAGAACAUACUUCAAACUGACGGCGGUAACUUUGUGCUCUGUGACUUUGGUUCGGCAACAGCCAAGACAUUGAAUCCUCAACAGCAUGGCGUUACUGUCGUCGAGGAGGAGAUACAAAAGUAUACAACACUAUCGUAUCGUGCACCCGAAAUGAUCGAUCUUUAUAGUGGUAAAAGCAUUACAACCAAGGCGGAUAUCUGGGCGUUAGGCUGUAUGCUCUACAAACUCUGUUUCUUUGCGCUACCCUUUGGAGAGAGCACGUUGGCCAUACAGAAUGGACAGUUUUCUGUACCGGAUAACUCGAAGUAUUCACGUGGCAUGCAUCAGUUGAUCAAGUACAUGCUGGACACGGACAUGGAGAGGCGACCCAAUAUUUGGCAGGUGUGCGAAGUUGCAUUCCGACUGGCGGGUAAAGAGAAUCCUGUACAAAAUCUGCACAAAACUCCCUUGCCGAACUUUGAGCAGCUUUUGGUGCCGCCAUUUGAUUCGGAAGCGAAGCGGAUCAAUGCUGCCGCCAAGGCUGCAAAGCCGCAACAGAACGUGUCCCUUGUGGAGGCAGGCACCAGUGUAGCACCGCGCUCGCGUCCCAAAGGUUCUACAUCGGUGCAUGGCCAGAAAGCACUCGGAUUAGGAUUGCCGCCCAGUCCCUUGCCGCGUCAGAAUAUCACAUCACCACAACCUCAACCUGUUGUGGAACAAUUUCAAGCUAAUUUCCCGGCUAUGCCGGCUGUUGCUACGGCACCGGCAGCGGCUGCAGCUGUCCCUGUGGUAACAACAGCUGCAACUGCCUCAACAACAGCCACAACAGCGGUAAACAGUUUGUUUGAAUCGAGCGUCUAUCCGGAUCCGUUCAACGAGGCUGCCGCAACAACAAGUGCGACUUCGACAGCAGCUGUGCCGGCUGCACUAAACGAUGCUGUCGGCGAGCAACCGGAAUUGACGGUCAAUGAGCUGACUGGGUCGAGCAGCGAUGGCACGCCCACUAAACACAUGCUGACACCGCCCAAACCAAGUGCCCAAUCUGGCGGUGGUCAUCGUCGCAAUGUGAGCGACACUUCGGCCUUUAACAAAACUUUUGCCAAUGAGACCAGUCAGUUUCUUGCGCCGUACAACAACAACAUUGCCAUGUCUGGAGAUGGACCACAGAAUGUGACACUGGCCAGUGCUGCAUCUAAUCCUGGUAUCUAUGCCAGCAGCGGCACAGCAGCCACAUCGUUGUCCAGCAACGAGUUGGCACGUCAAACAAUGGAUAAGCGUGUGGAGGCAUGGAAUCCAUUUGAGGAGGAGCAGCCCUUCAGUCAAAUGACUGAGGAUCACAUUUUCGAGGCCGAGUUCGAUAAGAUCCGUCAACGUGGCAGCCAGGGCAGUAUAACGGCCAAGUCAGCUUCUACUACGUCAACGUUGACGCCAACGGAACAGAACGCAGCGGUGACUGCCACUGCUGUGGCAACGGGAGCGGUAUCAUUGGCAGCUGCAGCGCCAACUGCAGUGGCAGCGCCAAUUUCCGUAUCGCCGCAUCCACAACCGGCGAUCGCUGAGGAUCCAUUUGGGUCGGCGCCAUUUAGCUUGCCGCCCGGACUGCGUGAGAAGGCGAGCUCACUGCGCAAAACAGGAGCGAAAUUCAUCGUCAGCUGCUCCACUGGCUCCUCUGGAGUUACGCCCAGCGUAACUGGAGCAUCCAAUGCUGUCUCGUCCUGUUCAUCCAAGUGGCUGUUGUCACCGACGCUGGAGGAGGAUAAAACCUCGCUGAUUGGCAAACUGAGAACUGAUUCGGAUGUGGCCGGCUGUGGACUCCAGGGUGAUGUUGCCUCCAGUUAUGUCAAGUUGCCGCUGGAGGAUCGCAACAAGUAUGAGAAAUUGCGUAGCAAUGAUCAGCCAACAUCCGAUGACUCGGACUCGGAGUUCUUUCAGCAGGACAGUGACGAUGGCGGUGGUGGCGGUGGCAGUGGCGCCAAAAAGGCGGCCAUCUUCAAGCAGAUUGUAACGAACAACAUACCCGAGACCAUACACAAAAUACAGCAGGUGGCCUACCACAAAGUGGACAAGACCACACAUCUGCCGAUUGUGAAGAAACUGCGUCAAACGGCGACCACAAAGCGACCCUCGCCAUCCGCCCAGCAGGCGGCACAGCAGCUUAACAUAAUGGCUGCCGCGGUGGCGGCACAAGCUGCCCAGGCUGCUGAGGCUCAGGCGGCGGCGGCGGCCAAUGCCGAGUCCGAUGAUGAUGCGGAUUCGAUUGGAUCUGCGAGCGAUUUGCGUGCCGAGGAUGAUGAUAUCUUCGAUGAGAAUCCACGCGUCACGCAGUCCAAACUGCGUCGUCCGUUGCCCAUGGACAUGGACGGGAUCAGCGAGAGCGUGAAGACGUGCAGCAGCUCGGCGUAUCAUGCCGAAUGUGAGAGCGUCACCACGCAUGAGGAUGAUGUCCGCAGUCGAGUCGUUGUCAAGGUGCGUAUGCGUAAGAAGGAUCGCACCGCUGCGGUCGCUGCCAGUGCCUGUGGUGAGGCCUGUACAGGUGGCACUGGCGGCAACACCGCCAACGAUGAACUCAGUCCAACGUCCAGCGAUUUGUUGCACAAAUUCGGCGAUCGUCCGCUGCUGCUUGAUGAUGAACUGGAUUAUGGUUCCGGUGAGAGCAAAAGCAGCACCGAAUCCGCUCCAACUGUGGAUCAGGAGCAGGAACAGGAACAGGAGCAGGAGCUGGAUGUGUUUGCCAUGGCGCCAUUUAAGCUGCCCGUUGGCAAACCAAUUAAACGCUCGACUAAACCAAAGCUGACACAGGCGAAAUCAAAGCCAAGUGAGCCCGAAAUGUGGACCUCAACUCCUGUCAAGGGAGCGCCGGUCACGCCGGUCAGUCAGGCGGCCAAUUUUGCCAUUUUCCCAGCACAGCAACAAGAACAAUUGGAUGAGUUCAAUGAGCCCAUAUUUAAUCCGUUUAUUGAGACGCCAGCGAGACAAGAGCGGGAGCUGUCAAUGGAUGAGGUCAACGAUCAGAGGGAUCUCUUUGGCUCGGAGCCAUUUCCACAGGUAAUUCGCAAAUGUGUUGUCGUAACGCCAGAUCAGGCCCAAGCCCAGAUCCAGAUGCAGACCCAGACCCUGACCCAGGUCAAGAACCCAAGCCAACACCAGCUACAGCUCCAGUACAACAACAAAAACAAUAACAGCAGCAGCAUCAAUAACUAUAAUAACAAGAGUAAUAAUAAUAAUUUGAAAGUGAAUGCUGCCUCAGUUGUGACAAUUAAUCAUUCGAUUAUCAUUAAUAAAACGCCCGAGCCGUUGAUCAAUCAAAAUCCGAAUUUAAAACCGAAUCCGAAUCCCAUUAGAGGCGUCAGCAGCAGCAGCAGCAGCAGUGUCUAUGUGAAUGUGCCCUCCACGAGCUGCAGCUCCAGCUCCAGCAUAACGGCACAAGCCCCACCAGCAGCCGCAGCACCACUAGCACCAUCAAUAGCAAUAUCUCUUCCUAUACCUCUACCAUUACCAUUACCAUUACCAUUACCGUUACCAUUACCACAACUAGCACCACCUGCAGCAACUGCAUCGACUGUGGCAAUUGCGGCAUCCCAGCCACCAGCUGCACAUUUCAAACCGAUGCUGGCGAUAGCCGAUAAUGGUUUUGUGCAAAUCUCUCAAGAUCGCUGCUCGGACUUCACGCCCGAUGAUGAGGAGGAGCCCGUGGUGUUGCGUGGUGCCGAUUUGGUUGCAGACAGCGACACUGUCACCGUCGCCGUCAAGCCAAAGAAGGAAAAGUCCCAUUUGGUUGUAAGGGCAUUGCCGUCGAAAUUAACACAAAAGGUCAAGGGUCAUGCGUAUAAAAAGGUCAGCGCUGCCGCCUUGGGCUCCACAUCGUCCCUUAGCUCGGGCAGCAAACAGAAGCAUCAACGCCUACAGUAUCAAUCCCAUGAUGAUGACGAUGACGUCGCCCACGAUGAGAACUAUGAGAAUCGUGUUAGCGGCGGCAGCGGCAGCGCCAGUCGUAAUUUUCAAUCAAACACCAUACAGAACUCGGCCAAAACGGGAUUCAGUAAUAUGAGCUUUGAGGAUUUUCCAUCCGAUCAGGAAAUCGAUCGCAUGUCCAAGACGAUUCCAUUCGAGGUGGUGCGCAAGGAGAAGAUGCUGCUGGAGGCUGAGAAGAAAUUUGGAUCGCUAAAGCGGCGCAAUAAUCUAUUCUCUUAGAGAGCGAACGGGGGGAAGGGCAGGUAGCCGUAGUUGUUAUCAGUUGUUAUCAACGUCAAAGAAUAGACUGAGACUGAGCAUGUUUAUUUUUGAUUUUUCGGACAUUGGCAUUGGAAUACGAGUAUCGUGGCAUUUGAUUUUCUCUCAGUAUUUAUAAUUAGUCUUUUUUUUCUUGUAUUUCGAAUUCUUUUCCAUUUCCGUUUUGUACUUUAUCAUUGCAUUUUGCCCUCAUUACAGUUAGCCGCCGCCACAGAAACAAACACAAACACAAAGACACACACACACAAUGAACUUCCAUGCACGCAAGCAGAUAAAAAAUAGAGCUAAGUACACAGCAGUUACAUACAGUUAGUCCAAUUGUUAUGACAACAUAACAAAUGCACAUAUUUUAUUUUGCAAACAAAAAGAUAUAUUUUUUGUUCUUUAAUUAUUGAGAUACAUUUUUAGAAAUAAAAGACAAAUAUGUAAUUUUUUAUAUUGUCAAAACAAUUACUUGACACACUGUAUAUACGCUAUAAACACCACAUUAGCACAUCUAGCAAUUAGCAAUAAUGGCAGAUAAUAUUGUAUUUUUUGAGCCAAGUAUUUCUCUGGGUAUCUUUUUCAACCAGAGUUCAAAAAAUUGAAGAUGAGAUAACUGCAGCUGAUCUUUGAGCGUUGAUUGUAUAAGAAACGAAUGAUUAUAAAUAACUAAUAAACAAUUGAUAUAUAUCUA